GAUGGUGCGCACGCGCGCGGAGGAGGAGGAGCGGCAGCGGCUGAUCCGCGCGCAGCUGGCCACGCUGCUGCACGCGCACGAGUGCCGCGCCGACGAGACGCGCCUGCGCCACUCCAUCUGGUACUGCAACGUGCCCAGCUGCCAGGAGAUCAAGUACAUCCUCAAACAUCUGACGGUCUGCCAGAACCGCACCAGCUGCAAGAAGAUGUACUGCGUGUCGUCGCGUCAGAUCAUCGGGCACUGGAAGAACUGCGAGAACGAGCGGUGCCCCAUCUGCCUGCCGCUGCCCACGCCCGGCCUCGUGCGCAAGCUGCGCCGCAACAGGGGAAGUCUGUAAAGACAUCAACUUGAAUGGGCGGUUCUUUGACAGUUAACACUCUGGAUAUAAUUGGAUGGAUAUGAAACCUCACAUUAUUAUAUGGAUAUCAAAUACCCUUAGAUGUGUAUUCACAUAAAUGUAUCUCGCGUACCCACUUCUUGUGUCCUUUGCUGUUUGAUGUCGCCCUUUAACUAUGAGGGUAAUACUUAUAAAUGUAAAAUGUCCAUUUCUCUCGACGUAUUAUCGAUGUUCACUUCAGUAGAUUAAAAAUUCACCAGAAGAAAGGAUGUAAGCGGCUGUGGUCAAGAUUUUAUGGCCUAAUGGAGUAAGGAACAGACGUCAGAAAUGUCUGAAAUUAUCUAAAAUCUGAGUAAAAUCUAGUCAAAGGUUUUCUACGCGGGAGAAUGAAAGAAGAAGAAUAAAACUAUUUUUCUCAAAUAUGUAUCUAAUUUAUAGCAUUCGAUGUAUACAUGAUAUACCUACUUCUAAUAUUUAUAAUUAUACUCUAAAUAUGUAGUUUUAUAA